AUGGCCACCAGAGCCGCAGCAGGCGCCCGUCCCGGUGCCAGAUUCGCUCAGUUUAAGCUGGUGUUGCUUGGAGAAAGUGCCGUUGGAAAGAGUUCGCUAGUCCUCAGAUUUGUUAAGGAUCAAUUCGAUGAUUACCGCGAGUCGACUAUUGGCGCCGCCUUCCUCACACAGACAAUCUCCCUGGACGAAAGCACGACAGUCAAGUUCGAAAUAUGGGACACCGCCGGUCAGGAGAGAUACAAGUCCUUGGCUCCCAUGUACUACCGGAACGCGAACUGCGCUGUUGUUGUGUACGACAUUACUCAAGCGUCGUCGUUGGAUAAGGCCAAGUCAUGGGUGAAGGAACUACAGAGGCAAGCGAACGAAAACAUCGUCAUCGCUCUUGCAGGCAACAAGCUCGAUCUUGUAACAGAGAAUCCCGACAAGCGCGCGAUCGCGACCGCUGAUGCCGAGGCCUAUGCACGUGAAGCCGGUCUGCUCUUCUUCGAAACGUCGGCCAAGACGUCAUCUAAUGUGCGAGAAUUGUUCACCGCUAUUGCGAAAAAGCUGCCUCUCGAUCAGGCAGGCCCACGGAACCUGCGGGCUGCCCCCCGACCCGGUGUCGAUUUGCGACCAGAAGCCCCUGGCACUCAGGGCGCCGGCGCCUGCAACUGCUAG